AUGGAGCCUCUCGACAUGCCACGUGAUCCAGUGACGCCGGAGUCUGAACCGAGCCUAACGGUGGCUGACUUGGCUUCACAGCUCGAGCGUUUGACUGCUAUUGUCAGGGAAUUGGGGUCUCAGAUGGAUUCACGUGAACGUUGCCCGGGUGAUCCACACGCCGCAAUGAGGCCGACAAGCCAUCUCUCCACAGCCGCCCCACUGGCCGCUACAACUGAUGUCUCGUCCAUGAAUCUGCCCCCGCCAGCUCCUUCGUGCAGCCCCGAUAUCAAUGGAGAUGAAGGCGAAUUGUUAGACGAUGACCCACUCCCACUAGCCGUGAUCUCUCAGUCGGGCGACUCCAAUACCAUUCCAACAUCGGUCCCUCAUUUUGUACUUGUUGUUGUCCCCGGUUCUAUAAAAUUGGGGAUUUCAGAGGGUGUGAAGCGCGACUGCUAUAGUUCUUCUCUCGGCAAGAGUAGAGUUACAGAGAAAUUUCUCAAUUUGGAUGAUAUAGGUUUUAAUGAUGACGCGAAUCCAAUUGAUGGUGAUGUUGCAAGAAUGAAUCAUCGACCAACAUCGCUUGACGGUGAUAAACGGUGGAUUCCUCCGCGCAAGGACACGUCGUGUUUGAGCAUUAUGGGACGCGUGGACAAGCUUCCCAUUUUAACGAUGAAUUUUGGCAACCACAAUAGUCAUCCUUUGAUGAUUUUUGAUGGAGGUUUGAAAGAGCCUCCCAUCUCUCCAAAUUUCACUAAUUCUGUUGUCUUGCUUGCGAACAAUCGACUAACUCGAAUGAUUCCAUCCUCCUUCUGCAAUGCAUCUUUACUUGUACUCGAAUUGUCAUUCAAUAACUUGAGUGGUAGCAUACCUCCUUGCCUAGUAAAAAUAUCUCUUGUGGUAGUGCUUAAUCUUAGGGGAAACAAAAUCAGUGGUGUUAUCCCUGAUCAAUUUUCUAGUGAGUGUAGCCUACAAACCUUUGAUGUUAGUAAUAACAACUUAGAGGCGUUGAACGUUGGAAACAACAACCUCGAGGGUAGUUUCCCUUGCAUGUUGCCGUUGAGCUUGCGUUCCAACAAAUUCCAAGGAGACUUGAGAUGUAGUAAGAGUUGGCCCAAUCUUCAAAUUUUGGAUAUAUCUUCAAAUGAUUUCAGUGGUCGUCUGAAUGUGCUAAACUUCUCAAGUUUAAGAGGAAUGAUGCUACAGAGUCCUACACAUGCCAGGCUCAACCACUCUAACUCUACAUUUUUAGGUGCCGAUUCUUACUACCACGAUGAGGUGAAUUUAACCGUCAAAGGAACUGAAGUGAAGCUAGUGAAGAUUUGGCCCGACUUUACAUGCAUUGAUUUGUCUUCCAAUCAUUUUCAAGGAAAAAUACCAGAUGCAAUUGCUAAUCUCAGCUCACUUUAUCUUCUCAAUUUAUCCCACAACUCUCUCACUCAUGCAAUCCCAACAUCAUUGGGUGCCUUGGCAGAGCUUGGGUCGCUCGACCUCUCUUCAAACAAGCUCACCGGGAGAAUACCAGAUGAGCUCACAAAACUCGAUUUCCUAUCAUUUUUUAAUGUGUCUUACAAUCAUCUCACUGGACCCAUCCCAACUGGCCGUCAGUUUCAAACAUUUACAGCAGAUUCAUAUGUAGGAAACUCGGGGUUAUCUGGAUUCCCACUCAACGGAAGUUUCAACAACCGUCGCCCACCUGCUCCAUCUCCAUCAGAGGAUUCAGAGCCAAAAGAUGAGGAGAUUGAGUGGGAAUAUGUGUUUGCUGCAUUUGGUUAUGUUGUGGGAUUCGGAAGCUUUGCAUGGACACUGUCAUGUUGCAGAAGGUUGAGAGAAAGAUACUUCGAGAAAAUAGAAGAGAUAACUGACAAGAUAUUCUAUGAAAGAGGAAGGAGAAAAAGACAUGAAAGAAGAAAAUCUCUCACUCUCCUCUCUAAUAAAUCUGCUUGA